GCCUACCUGGAGCGGAAGGCGACGGGGACUGAACUUGCAACUCAGGAACCAGAGGGACUGAAGAAGAGGCAAAGGUCUGAUUUCUACUUCUUCGUUUAUUUAGUAAUAAUGACUGGAAGGCGGGUGGCUUUGUGGGCGCGCGAGAGCUCGGCCCGGACUGGCAGCGGGUCGUAGGCGCAUUGGCACUCGCAGAGGGCUCCGGGCACUCCCGAGAGGCCCCGGGCGUCCAAACUUAGCAGCUUCUCUCCCUCGCAGGAGCGCUUCUUCCCCCCACUCCCAGCCCCAGCCUCAGAGGAUGCGGCUCCUCGGGAAACUCCGCGCCUCUGCCGCGGGCCGCGCGGUUCUGGAGCCUGCCUUCUCCAACGUGCUCACCCCGGACCGUAUCCCCGAGUUCUGUAUCCCGCCGCGGCUGCCCGUGCCCUGCGCGCCCGUGUCCUCACCCCUGGCCGCCUCCCUGCCCCGGCGGUGCGCUGCGGAGCCGGACCUUUGGCAUCGAGGAGCCUACGACGGCGCGGGGCGCACGGACUGGGACCCACGCUCGCAGGCCGCGCUCUCGCUGCCGCACCUGCCCCGGGUGCGCACCGCCUACGGCUUCUGCGCGCUACUCGAGAGCCCGCACACCCGCCGCAAGGAGUCGCUCUUCCUCGGGGGCUCGGGCACUUCCCCGCUCCUUCCCGCGCCCCGCCCCCGGGCCCGCACCUACGGCGGCGGCGGCGGUGGAGACGCCCGCCUCGCGCCCCCGGGAAGAGUAUCUGCUGCGCCUCCCGCGGCCCCCGGCGGCCCCCGCCCGCCCCCGGUUGCGCUCGCCCCGCGGCCCUGCGGCCGCCGCCUCCUGCGCGCUCCCGAGGGGCUGCUGCGCCGCGCGCUGCGGGCCGGGAGGAGCCGAGGCCUGGCCCGCGCCCGCUCCGUCUCCAGCGGGGACGGGGACGACGACGACGACGGGCGCCGCGCCGGCUCCCGGUCCCCGGUCCGGGCCCCCGCCACGUCCCCUCCGCCGCCCCCCGACCCUCGGCCCGAGCUCCUGGAGGCCGAGGGCACCGUGACUCUGGACCGCGCCGGCGGCGCCCUGCGCCUGGCCGUCGAGUACAGUCGGGACAGCGGGCGCCUCCGCGUCCGGCUGCUCCGCGCCGAGGGCCCGGCCGGAGGGGUCGCCGAGCCCCGCGCCCCCGUCGGCUGCCGCGUCAGCUUCGUCCUGCAGCCGCCGGGCCAGACGCGCCGGCCGCGGGGCGCCGUGGUCCGGCGGAGCCUCCGGGCGGUCUUGGAGCAGGACUUGUGCUUGGACGGGCUCUCGGAGGACGAGGUGCGCCGCCUGGCCGAGCGCGUCAAGGCCGAGAACCGGGGCCGCGGGCUGGAGCGGGGCCGCCUGCUGGGCCAGGGCGAGCUGCUGCUGGGCCCCCUCCUGCUCCUCUGAGGGCGCGCCCUGCCCCUGGGGCCUCUCGGACCCUGCCAACCGCUUUGUACCAAAUAAAUGUUAUUUAUUCA